AGGCUACCCUGUUGCUUUGGCUGUCUCCGUCUGCCAGGGUCUCCGGGACGGGACGGGCUGGUGUGGGCUUGGGAUCCUCCUGGUGACCUCUCCCGCUAAGGUCCCUCAGCCACUCUGCCCCAAGAUGGGCCGUGGGGCCGGCCGUGAGUACUCGCCUGCCGCCACCACGGCAGAGAAUGGGGGCGGCAAGAAGAAACAGAAAGAGAAGGAAUUGGAUGAGCUGAAGAAGGAGGUGGCAAUGGAUGACCACAAGCUGUCCUUGGAUGAGCUGGGCCGAAAAUACCAAGUGGACCUGUCCAAGGGCCUCACCAACCAGCGGGCUCAGGACAUUCUGGCUCGAGAUGGGCCCAAUGCCCUCACACCACCUCCCACAACCCCUGAGUGGGUCAAGUUCUGCCGUCAGCUUUUUGGGGGGUUCUCCAUCCUGCUGUGGAUUGGGGCCAUCCUCUGCUUCCUGGCCUACGGCAUCCAGGCUGCCAUGGAAGAUGAACCAUCCAACGACAACCUAUAUCUGGGUGUGGUGCUGGCAGCUGUGGUCAUUGUCACUGGCUGCUUCUCCUACUACCAGGAGGCCAAAAGCUCCAAGAUCAUGGAUUCCUUCAAGAACAUGGUACCUCAGCAAGCCCUUGUGAUCCGGGAGGGAGAGAAGAUGCAGAUUAAUGCAGAGGAAGUGGUGGUGGGAGACCUGGUGGAGGUGAAGGGCGGAGACCGAGUCCCUGCUGACCUCCGAAUCAUCUCUUCUCAUGGCUGUAAGGUGGAUAACUCAUCCCUAACAGGAGAGUCGGAGCCUCAGACCCGCUCCCCCGAGUUCACCCACGAGAACCCCCUGGAGACCCGCAAUAUCUGUUUCUUCUCCACCAACUGUGUAGAAGGCACAGCCAGGGGCAUCGUGAUUGCCACAGGUGACCGGACGGUGAUGGGCCGCAUAGCCACGCUCGCCUCAGGCCUAGAGGUUGGGCGGACGCCCAUAGCCAUGGAGAUUGAACACUUCAUCCAGCUGAUCACAGGGGUUGCUGUUUUCCUGGGGGUCUCCUUCUUCGUGCUCUCCCUCAUCCUGGGCUACAUCGACAAGGAGAUGCAAGACGCCUUUCAAAAUGCCUACAUGGAGCUGGGGGGACUGGGAGAGCGUGUGCUGGGGUUCUGCCAACUGAAUCUGCCCUCUGGUAAGUUUCCUCGGGGCUUCAAAUUCGACACAGAUGAGCUGAACUUUCCCACGGAGAAGCUCUGCUUUGUGGGGCUCAUGUCUAUGAUCGACCCUCCCCGGGCUGCUGUGCCAGACGCUGUGGGCAAGUGCCGAAGCGCAGGCAUCAAGGUACUGGCCUCCCUUCCUCCCCGCCAUCCUAGCCUCCCUCAUGCCAGAGGUCUAGGGGCUGCGGUGGCUGCUGCCCUGAAGAGGCCUAGGCCACAGCCACAGAGAGCCAGCAGUGUCACGGGGCAGGGGAUGAUUCAGGCACUGGGUGGCUUCUUCACCUACUUUGUGAUCCUGGCAGAGAAUGGUUUUCUGCCAUCACGGCUGCUGGGAAUCCGCCUCGACUGGGAUGACCGGACCAUGAACGACCUGGAGGACAGCUAUGGACAGGAGUGGACCUAUGAGCAGCGGAAGGUGGUAGAGUUCACUUGCCACACGGCAUUCUUUGCCAGCAUCGUGGUGGUGCAGUGGGCUGACCUUAUCAUCUGCAAGACCCGUCACAACUCAGUCUUCCAGCAGGGCAUGAAGAACAAGAUACUGAUUUUUGGGCUCCUGGAGGAGACAGCAUUGGCUGCCUUUCUCUCUUACUGCCCGGGUAUGGGUGUGGCCCUCCGCAUGUACCCACUCAAGGUCACCUGGUGGUUCUGUGCCUUCCCCUACAGCCUCCUCAUCUUCAUCUAUGAUGAGGUCCGAAAGCUCAUCCUGCGGCGAUAUCCUGGUGGCUGGGUGGAGAAGGAGACAUACUACUGAGCCCAUUGGAAGAAGAACCAGGCACAGAAAGAUGGGGAGCUCUGGAGGUGUUGUGGGGAUGGUGAUGGACAGGGAUGGAAAUAUAAUGGGUGGCAUUGGGUGGCAAGAUUUGGGGAGAGAUAAUGAGGCAACUCAGCAGGCUAAGUUGCGGGCUGAAUAAAUUGGGGUGAUUACCCCAUGGACCUAACUGUGAGCAAUCAGAUUAGACACUACAUGUUUGAGUCCUCCCACCAGAUCCUUUUCCAUCCCACUGUACUAUGCUGUCUAUUUUUUCUGAGGAAUUAAGGGUUACCCCACCCUCCCCACUCCCAUCCCUUUAACCCCACCUCCUACUGUAAUA